UCAGUGCCGUACUAGGGGUUUAUUUUCGCAGUGUUUUGGUUACCUUUUCCCUCACAUCAAUACUGUGAAAUCACUGGAACAUGAUACUUAAGAUUCCAGCAGCAUUCUGCUGCAUUUUGGCCAUAGCUAGCGCUGCUAUAGCUCCCGGACAAAAUGAAUAUCUUCCACCAAAGGAUGGUUACAAGUAUCCUAAACCCCCUGUACCAUUCCCAUCGAGUCCUCCAUCUUACCCAACCCCCAGGCCCCCUUCACCUAGUCCACCACCAAGACCUGUACCACCUCGUCCUACUUACGGCCCACCCACAAGUGGUCAAACAAUUAGGCCUACUUAUGGUCCACCUGUAACUCCAGGAUUUCCGUCGCAACCUCCUCCCAGAAUACCAACUCCUUCCGCUCCUUAUCAACCUCCUGCACAACCACCAAGACCCAGCUAUGGUCCCCCAACGUCACCGCCGUAUAGACCUAGUUUUCCAGGGCAGCCACCUCAACCCACUUCACCCCCUUAUCGACCACCAAGUGUACCAAGUGUACCGCCUUCUUAUGGACCACCACCGUCACAACCUCCUUAUAGACCUACUCCUAGCAUUCCCCCUCAAAGACCAGGAAGUCAACCUCCACGUCCUACGUAUGGCCCUCCUACAUCACCAUCCUUUAGACCACCAGGAUCUCAACCUCCUACUUAUGGUCCACCGGUUACUUCUCCGCCAUAUAAUCCUCCGGGUUUGACAGGUGUACCGUCGUCUCAACCGCCUCCUUCAUUCAGACCUCCCAGUGGACCUACUCCUUCAAGGCCUACUUAUGGACCACCUCCGUCUUCUCCUUACAAGCCUCCUGGAUUACCACCCUCUCAGCCUACCUACGGCCCACCUCCUUCGCAACCACCUUAUAGACCACCAAGUGUACCAGGAACUCAGCCGCCACGUCCACCUUCUCAGCCUCCCAGACCUACAUAUGGACCACCAACAUCUCCCCCAUAUCGUCCACCAGGUGUACCGCCCUCUUAUGGACCUCCACCAACAUCUCCACCAUAUCGUCCACCAGGAAUACCCCCGACUUACGGGCCUCCAGGAGGACAAUCUCCUCCUCCGUUCCGUCCAACAGGUCCACCUUCUCGCCCGCCAUCUUACUUACCCCCUUCCGGAUCACCUCCACCAACUUACGGGCCACCCGGAAGACCUACUUCUCCUCCCUUCCAACCUACUGGUCCACCACCUUCUAGACCUACAUCGCCUCCUUUCCCGGUUACAGGUCAAACCAUCAGGCCAACAUAUGGACCACCUACACCUGGUGGACGUUAUCCUCCUAGCAUUCCUAGCCGUCCUACUCCACCUGGUACACCACCUAGGCCAGGAACUCCUCCACCAUUCCAACCAGACAGAAUACCAAGCGAAGGGAUGGCAAUACCCAGUUUCGGCGAAAACGAUCAUCUUCUGUUACCACAUAAACCAGGUAAUCCGUUCGAAUUCAAAUAUGCUGUAAGGGAACCGAAUUACGGAAACGAUUAUUCUCAUAAUGCGAUCAACAAUGGAGAUCAAACUAAUGGAGAAUAUAGAGUGUUCUUACCUGAUGGACGAACGCAAGUUGUUAAAUACACUGCCGAUUGGGCUACAGGAUAUCAUGCAAAGAUCAGCUACGAAGGAAAACCCUCUAUUCCAAAUUAUCAGGGAGAAGGUACCAGUAGUGUAGGAUAUCCAGGCGGAAGACCUUCAGGACCUCAGUUCCCUAGCGGACCAGGAGGGCCAGGGGGACCUAGUGGACCUGGAGGACCCGGCGGACCUAGUGGACCUGGAGGACCAGGCGGCCCUAGCGGACCAAGAGGACCAGGGGGACCCAGUGGACCAACAGGAGGACCAGGCGGGCCCGGUGGGCCUGGGGGACCUUUUGGACCAGGCGGACCAGGAGGACCUAGUGGGCCAAGAGGACCAGGAGGCCCUAGUGGACCUAGGGGGCCAGGAGGCCCUAGUGGACCUAGGGGGCCAGGAGGACCUCAAGGACCUGGAGGACCAAUCGGACCUGGAGGACCAGGUGGACCAGGUCGACCUGGAACACCGGGAAGACCGAGUCAUGACUACCUUCCUAGCUUACCUAGUUCAUCAAACCAAAUAAAACAACAGUAUGCACCAGGAGGCGGCUACACGUACUAAAAUUCAAAAUUUUGUUUUUAUAUUUGUAAAUAAUUAGGCAAAUUUUCUAAAACGUGGAUUUAAUUCCACAAUUAACUUUUGGUACAAUGAAACAUGAUUUCUCAUUUAAAAUUAUUUUUUAUGUUUUUUAAAAAAAUCUCAUUGAAAAUCUGUAUAUAAACUUGAAAUGUAACACUGCCACAACAAAACAAACUAAUAAUUUAAAUUCUGAAUAGAUGUUUAUAACUUCUCUACUUUUUUUUUGUAAUUUCUGUGAAUAUUAUGUAAGUGAAUGAAAUGUCCUGUAGUGAUUUCUAAUAGGCUUAAUUUAUAAAUUUAGUAUUACAUACUACAGUAUUUCCUUUGUAUUUAUUCUUCGAUAUUGUAUUAUAAUGUAAUAUAAUAUUGAUAGACACUUUAAGAAUAAAAAUGUAUUUUUUUAUAGAAGUACAGUGA